GUGUUGGACAACUUGGUACACAUCUAUUUUUAUAAAGAAAUCCUGAUGAACAAGCAUAGCAUUUAAGAUCAAAGUCACACCAACUGCAAGAUGAUUAGCAUUUCAUGAUAUCCAUAACAACAUCUCUAAAGCCCCAUGAUUGUGAGCCAGCUGAACUGUUAAUAAUGUAAAUAUAAAUACUCCAUAGAUCCUUAUAAACGCAAUACUGGAUUUGUUAUGUUGGAUUUUAAUUUUGCUUCUAAUCUGAAAUAUCCAACAGUUGGACUUGUACAAUUAGAAUCAGAGUAGAGCUGAUCAGCAUUUCGACCAGU